AUGCUUUGCGAUGACACCUCACAUUACGGAAUUUUCGGCCCUUCGCCGCGUGUGCCUCCUGGUCAGUUUGUUCCCAUUGGGUCGUUGCUGAUAGGUCGUUUGUGUUCCUCGGCCUGCGAACGAGUUCGUGCUUCUGUUUCCGUUGCCGUUUCUGGUGAUUCUUCUUCAUCUCCACAGCCACCCUCAGAUGCGUCGUUGUACAUUGAUUCUUCUUCGGAAUGUUGUUUGUGCACACAAAAUGUCGCAAUUGAUUGUAAAGGCUUUUCGAUGACUUCUUCAGUUGGGUUCGACAGUUCACUGUUCAUUAGAUCGACACAGGAUAUUGGUAGUUGUGUGACAGUACACCCAUUGUUAUACUGCGAUCAUGCUUGUCAAUAUGACUCCGAGUUUGUCAGCCCUCCUCUAUCGGUUAAGUCUGUUCCAUCUUCUGAAUUUUUACGAAGUGAAACGCUACGUGAUGUUGCCGUGCAGUGUCUUCCAAGCCCUCCGAUUCCGCAACAUCCGCCCGCACAUCUCAGCAUGAUAGACGAUUUCGUUCAGUGUGAUCUAUCUGGAGUUGUGAGGGACAUACCGUCGCCAGUUGUGGACGAUCUAUUUGGCUACAAUAAACCGGAUCAUGGUGACUCGGACGCUACUCAUAGUGUCGACUUCGAGUCAGGUAUUGUUCUGAGUCGAGAUGUUCUUAUGAANAAAUCAAUUUAUUCUCGAUCUCAAUCGGUUGCACGACCCACAUACAUGUCUGGAUCGACAGUUGGAUCCAUUUCGCACACACAAACUUCGUUCGAAUCAAUUCCGAAGCGUGAUACUGCACAAAACAGUCGCGAUGUUGGCAUUGGAGUCAGCCCCGUCCCGGUUCAGCGAGCUGAUGUCGGCCUCACAGUCAGUUUGUUCCCAGUAGAGGAAGAGCAAACACUAUCGGCCAAAGACAGGUAUAGUUUGCAUUAUCGACAAGGCCGAAUAGCCGAGACACAAGUUUCCGUUAUCCCAAGCACCGAAUUUUCUCAAACACAGACCGAGGAUAUACCACUGCAUGGAAUCACAUGUCCAUCCGGAACUAGGACUGCCCGAACACAGACUGAUCUACUGGACUGGGAUAUGACUGAAUCGACCACGAAACUUCAUCCAACCACAUAUGAGAUUCAUAUUGACACGACUGAGGAAGAGAUCAGUCAGAGUGUGGAUUAUCGUAGCCAAAUCACCUACGAUCGAUCGGGAUUACUGGUAACAGAAUCGUAUUCCCCGGAGCAAUUAUCCCAGGACUCCUAUCGUCAAGCCAUACGAUGCCGUGUUCGACAACGUACUGCUCAAUACGAAUUGCUGGAAGCGCGACGCGCGAAUCGCGUAUCAUGGUUUGACUCGAUUAAAGAAGUGGCCAGCCCGAUCACUGGUCUUUUCGCACCGGUCAGUACAGCCGUACGAGCCGGGUGGGUUGAACUAGGCGAUAGGAAUGUCUAUGUAAAUCCACAAACUGGUCUCACGAUCCCACUGGAGGCGGCAGUAGCACGUGGUCUGGUUCGGCUGAACCAAAGUGAUUCCGAUACGGAUCCGUAUGACCCGAGCAAUGCACCGAACUUGCUUCUCAUUGAACGUGUCAGUUUUAGUUGGCGACCUGUACGCAUUACGAACUACACGGACACUCGAGAAGCAAGACAAUAUGGCAUUGAGGAAGCGUUACGGCGUGGUGUGAUAGAUAUCAGAUCAGGAGAACCACUCAUUCUGGAUCGAGAAACAAAUACCUGGAUUUCUACGGAAGAGGCUACCGGACGUGGUUUGAUUCAAAUCGAACCAGUUGACUCCGAUGAGAGUGAUAGCAGUUCAUUGGAAGAGACCUACUCUUGUCGUGUGUUCCGUGUUACAUCUAUCAGACCAGGUGGAGAACCGAGCGAUUGGCUGGAGCCAUUGGAAGCUGCCAGGCUUGGAUUAUUUAACUGGCAGACAGGUGAGGUUGCAGCUGAAUGGCACGCCAGACCGGAAUUUCCCACAAUCAACGAACGAGGUGAAUUAGUGGACGAACAGCCAUGUGCACAACACCCGCAUCGUUUCCUGCCAACGCGAUGGUGUUCGUUGUUAACCGCACGUAAAGCGCGUUGGAUACGUUUGCAAGCUGAAUUACAUCCAAUGGACUGGAUCACUUCAAUGCCGAUCGAAGCACAAACACAUCUGGGUCAUCGUGUUUUGGCUACUCACGUUCAUCUGGUCGCUCCCAGUACAAUCCCGGUCACCCCGUCUUCCGUAACAGACGAGACAUCUCGAGACUACCGGUUACCGCCGAUCGGAGUCCGCUUACAAACUACAAGUAACACAAAUAACAGUAUAGAAUCCAGUGAAUUAGAAGCUAUCAGACGCUCCAGUGCCGAUCGUCAUCACUAUCACCAGCAUCAUCGACAUCAGGAAGACAUGUACCUCAGGCACCGCCGAAUGGAAAAACCACCAGUUAUUUUGUCUCCUUCCUCAGCGUCCGCGUUUUCACCACCAUCAUACGAUUCAACUCAAAUUGUGAUUGAAUGCCCGUCGCGUGUCGCACAUGCACGGGAUCUGUACGCAUCAACAUCGACCCGCACGGUUAUAGAAAGGGAAAACAUUGAGGCCACCACGACGACCACCACCACUACUACUACUGCCGGCACCAACAACAAAAACAACACAUCGUCCAUUCCGAUUAUUCGGACCACAGAAGUGACAGAAUACGACGACGACGAUGAGGAAGAAAUGGAUCAGGAACGCACGGAAAUCGAAGAGAGUGCACUGCGUUGGCGAAGGCGUUCCAUUGCACGCUCGCCCAAUACGCACAGAUGGUUAGGACGAUAUUCAACUUAUCGAGCUCAAUCUGAGGCGGCACUGGAUCAAAGCAGUUCCAGUACACAAUACACACGAUAUGAACAACUUGAUGAUCAUAUGGAGGCACGGUACCAUGAUUAUGAGGAUCAUCAUCGUAUGUACAGAUCAGAACAAUAUUUACAGUAUCACGAACAGACACAACAUGAAUAUGAACAAGCAAUAUUUCAACAUUGGGAAGAUGACAGCGACCCGUUAAUGUGA